AAGAGACCCCAGAGGAAGGAAGGAAGCAAGCAUCUCCAGACCUGCAGAGAACAUCUCCCCGUUAGCAAACAGCAUCAAUCAAGAUGAACAAGUUGAUUCUGGUGAGCUUCCUGGCAGUGGCCACGCUCUGCCUUUGCCAAGCAGAUGACUCUGCCCACUCCAACAGUGCCAACGACUCACCCAGCUCUGAAGCUUUUGUCUCCAGGCGCGUCAGUGCUCAAGUAAUGAAGAGACACAAGAGGAACUAUAACAGGUUCUACAACGCCCAUGCUGCCCCAACCCCAGACCCCCUUGAGCCCCUGCGAGAGGUUUGUGAGCCGAACCCCGCCUGCGACGAGAUGGCCGACCUCAUCGGCAUCCAAGAAGCUUACAGGAGAUUCUAUGGGCCAGUAUAGAGGCCCUGCUUAAAGUCAGCACAGUGUGUGGGACAGAAAAGAGGAGAGUCCUGCUCGGAGACCAGCAUCUGGGGGGAGGGAUCUACUCGCUUUGGUGCUACACAGUCCUUGUCUCUUAAGGUCCACAGCAGGACCCAUGCCUUGAAAUACCCUGAACAGAUACUGCUUGUAACUACUGUGCCUUUGCCUCCAGGCUGCCUCUGUAAUAUGCUUGCUUUAAAAAUUGGUGUUUUAUGAAUAAAAUAUUAAAUAACUUAAAAACAUAA